AAUUUUUAUCCCCACCCCAACGGGGUACAAUUGAGUGUGUCUUAACCACCAGCACUCUCCCGGUCUUGACGUUCUCUCCAACGUACCCAUGAGCUCUCAUGGCUGUGUCACAGUAUAGGUACCCCGUGCAAAUGCCUGAGGCCUUCUCAAGUAGACCUCUGGUCCACGUAUUUCCAGCGCCAGGUGCACUGGCCAAUGCUACAGCACGACUUCUGUUGUUG